UGUCAGGAGUUAGACAGGCUCAAUGGCUUUCUUUUUCUCGAGCAUCCUAAGACAGAGGACACUUGCUGGCCUAAAGGGGACAGCAGCGCUCAGAUCUGCGAGCUUCACAACCCAGGCAGCCAUUCAAAUCAAGAAAUGUGACGUCCAUCGAUUGGAUGAGGCACCUUCCACUCAAGUGGUUCUGACUCGCGAUGAGGCGCUGCAAUACUACCUCACCAUGCAGACAAUUCGGAGCUUGGAGCUGAAGACAAAACAACUGUUUGACCAGAUGAUCAUCGGAGGUUCCUGCCACUUGUAUGCUGGCCAGGAAGCGUGCGCAGUUGGGAUUGAGGCAGCCAUUAAACCGACUGACCACCUCAUUACCGGCUAUCGCACUCAUGGCUUCGCAUUCACCAGGAGUGGCUCUCUUCGGGCGAUUUUUGCCGAGCUUGCAGGCCGAAAGACGGGACUAUCAAAAGGCAGAGGGGGAUCCAUGCACAUGUACACAAAAAACUUCUACGGAGGUUGGGCUGUUGUUGGAUCUCAGGUUCCUUUGGGUGCCGGUCUGGCGUUGGCAUGCAAGUACCGGAAGACGGAUGAGCUGUGCGUUUGUCUCUAUGGUGACGGUGCAGUCAACCAGGGGCAGGUUGCUGAGACCAUGAACAUGGCGGCACUUUGGAAGCUCCCCAUCAUUUUCGUCUGCGAGAAUAAUAAAUACGCAUUAUGUACUCCAGUGGAACGAGGUAGCGUGAAUACCAACUUCUACACGAGAGGGGAUGUCAUUCCAGGGCUCAGGGCGGACGGGAUGGACAUCCUCUGUGUUCGGGAGGCAACCAGGUUUGCUUCUGAUCACUGUCGGUCGGGGAAAGGUCCAAUCAUUUUGGAGCUACAGACCUAUCGCUAUUUUGCACACUAUGCGGGUGACGAUGAGGACAGUUAUCGCUCAGCGGAGGAGGUUGAUGAGGUCCGCAGAAACAGAGACCCCAUCUCACAAUUUGAGGUUCGCAUCAUCAGCAACAACAUGGCCAGCACGGAGGAACUGAGGCAAAUUGAUGAGCAAAUCAAAAAGGAAGUUGAAGAAGCUACACAAUUUGCCAUCCAAAGCCCUGAACCCCCAGUAGAAGAACUGUGCAACCACAUCUACAGCAAUUGUGUGCCACAAGAUGUGCGCGGCAUCAACCCAUGGACCAAGCUGAAGUCUGUCAGUUAAAGAUUUUUUUUUUCUUCCCCCACUCCACUCCAACAAAUAACAACUGCCCCAAAGCAAGCUCUCUCUCAUAUGUUAGCUUAAAGUCACACCUUAGACCCACAACCUGAAGUCUCAGCAACUUGUUUUAUGUAUUUUUUUUUUUUUUUUUUUUACAGCUGGGGGCCUCUUAAAA